GUUAAAGAUAACUGCGUCUUUCCGAGAGCUGGUAAAAGGGUAUCCUUCUCUUCACAGCACAGAGGGAUAAACGAGGGCGUUUCACGACGCCAUGCUCACUCUGCUCGCCGCGAUGUACUUGGUGGUGCGCGCUGCUUCUGCGCAGGCCGAACCGAUCCGUGUGCUGGUGACGGGCGCCGCCGGUCAGAUCGCCUACUCUCUGCUCUUCAGCAUCGCCAAAGGAGAUGUGUUCGGCAAAGAUCAGCCAAUCAUCUUGGUGCUCUUGGACAUCCCACCCAUGCUGCCCGUGCUGGACGGUGUUGUGAUGGAGCUGCAGGACUGCGCCCUCCCGCUGCUCAGAGAGGUGAUCCCUACCGACAAGGUGGAGGUUGGGUUUAAGGACCUGGAUGCCGCUAUCCUGGUGGGUUCCAUGCCCAGGAAGGAGGGGAUGGAGAGGAAGGACCUGCUGAAGGCCAACGUGGCCAUCUUCAAAACGCAGGGAGCUGCUCUGGACAAGUACGCCAAAAAAACAGUCAAGGUGCUGGUGGUGGGAAACCCAGCCAACACCAACUGUCUGAUCGCUUCCAAGUCGGCUCCAUCCAUCCCAAAGGAGAACUUCUCUUGCCUGACCAGGCUGGACCAUAACAGGGCUCGCUCACAGGUGGCAAUGCGGGUGGGCGUGUCCUCAGACAGAGUGAAGAACGUGAUCAUCUGGGGAAACCAUUCGUCCACGCAGUACCCCGACGUCCACCACGCCACCGUCAACCUGCACAGCAAGGAGGUGGCCGUGUAUGACGCGGUGAAGGACGACGCCUGGCUGAAGGGAGACUUCAUCACCACGGUGCAGCAGCGCGGGGCGGCCGUGAUCAAAGCCAGGAAGUUGUCCAGCGCCAUGUCCGCUGCCAAGGCCAUUUGUGACCACAUGAGGGACAUCUGGUUUGGUACUCCUGAUGGUGAGUUUGUGUCAAUGGGAGUUUACUCUACCGGGAACUCGUACGGCGUUUCUGAUGACCUCAUGUACUCCUUCCCCGUCACCAUUAAGAACAAGACCUGGCAGGUGGUGGAUGGUCUGCCUAUCUCCGACUUCUCUCACACCAAGAUUGACGCCACCGCGGCCGAGCUGAUCGAGGAGCGAGACACGGCUCUGUCCUUCCUCACCGCAUGACGACACGAUUCCUCCUCAAAACGGCUCACAAAUUCUUCUAAACUGUAAAACUCCACAUUGCCUGUUUGUGUGGAAGAGAAUGUGACAUUCUAUAAGUUGUAAAGACACAAGGAGCAUCUGGACCAUUCCAUACAUUACACAGCGUGUUAAUGAGGCAAUAACGAGAGUAUAAGCGAUUUAUGGUUUGAAACGCACAUUUGUCAUUGUUUUAUCUAAAAAAAAAAAAAAAAUGUAACUGCUCGAACAAUAAAAGGAACAAUGAUGGCCUCGUUGGCUUCAAGAUUUUAA